AUGUCAUCAACAACUUCAAGUGUACCUAUUCUGGCCAAGGCAUUCAGCGAAGUUGAACAACCUGACUAUUAUUUAGAUCAGAAUUUACAGGUUGUAGAAACUAAAGAAGACACUAAUAAAGAACCACGAAAAUUCAAAUUAUUUAAUAGAAAUUGCAAAAAUUUUAUAAUUGCAAUUAUAAUGUUGGCUAUUGUGUUUAUAUUAGCUAUUGUAUUUGCUAUAACUUCAAGUAAAUUGGUAAAUGAUCCAAUACGAAAUGGGUUAAAAAUUGAAAAAUUAUCAAAUCAUAAAUUUAACCACCUAAAUGCUAUAAGAACUAAUUUAAUAGAUAAAUCGUCACCCACAACUUCAAUAGGUGAUUGGAAUUUGGUAUUUUCAGAUGAGUUUGAGACUGAUGGUAGAACAUUUGGUGAAUUUGAAGAUCAAUUUUUCACAGGUAUGGAUUUGCAUUAUCAAGCUACUAAUGAUUUAGAGUAUUAUUUACCACAAAUGAUCACUACAAAUAACAGUAGUUUAGAAAUAAAAUUUGACAGACUUAAUUAUUCUGGUUUCAGUUAUAUUUCUGGAAUGUUACAAAGUUGGAAUAAGUUAUGCUUUAACAAACAAGCAAGAAUUGAAGUAUCAGCUAAAUUACCACCUGUAGAGUUUGGUUUAUGGCCAGCUAUAUGGUCUUUAGGUAAUUUAGCAAGACCUGGAUAUUUAGCAAGUACUGAUGGAGUUUGGCCAUAUACAUAUAAUGAAUGUGAUUUAGGUAUAACUCCAAAUCAGUCAACCACCAAUAAAGAUAUGUCAUAUUUGCCUGGACAAAAGUUAAGUAAAUGUACUUGUUUUGGAGAAGAUCAUCCUAAAUUGGGAGUUGGUAGAGGAGCUCCAGAAAUUGAUAUUAUUGAAGGAUUGUUUGAAUAUAAUCAAACUUGGGGUGUUCAAACUUUACAAGUAGCACCAUUUGAUGAAUGGUGGAGACCAGAUUAUGAUUAUAUAGGUAUUGAAAAUAAUAAUGAAACUAUUGUAAGAGAAGAUGUCGGGACAAUUUAUCAAGAAUCAAUUUCAUUAGCUACAAAGUUAGACUUGAAUAAGUUUACCAAAUUCACAAUGGAAUACCAAAGUAUGGAAUAUGAAAAUAGUUAUGUAAAAUUUGAAAUUGAUGAUAAGCCAACAUUUCAAAUAAAUGGAUCAGCAUUACAUUCAAAUGAAUUUAUUGGAUUUAGACAAAUAUCAAAAGAACCAAUGUCAUUAAUUUUUAACUUGGGAUUAUCACAUAUCUGGAACUCAGAAUUAAAUGAAACAAAAUUGGAUCUACCUGCGAUUUUGUACAUUGAUUAUAUUAGAAUUUAUCAAAAACAACUUGAUUUAACAUGUGAUCCUCCAGAGUAUCCAACUAAUUCAUACAUUAAUUCUCACGUUAAUGCUUAUACUAAUCCGAAUUUAUUAACUUGGAAAGAAGCUGGAUUUAGUUUUCCUCGUAAUUCUUUUAUUGAUGAUUGUAAAAGUCCGAUAUUUUAA